GUAAUCUGAACAUCUGUGAUUUUAUAGCUGGAGGCGGGCAAUGCCUGAGGCUGCUGAGGUUGAAGAGUUGGUGGCUCUAUAAGUUGGGGAUAUGGGAGCUCCAUACUCUCUACAGCUGCCUGGGAGCUGGGAAGCCCGAGCUCCAGCCCUUGCCCUGCAAUGAGCUCUGUCUUGAUUCUCUGGGUCUCAUUCUCUUUAUCGGUAUAACAGGAUGAGGGUGUUAGAAGUGGAGCAGAUUUCUUUAAAGGAUCCCAGCAACUCAGGCUGCAAGGUUUUCUCAGACCUGAGUUUAGGGGAGAAAAUGGAAUAAGUGGGGCUUGGGGACUGGCCUUAGGCCUGCACUAUUAAUCCAGUCCCUCCUACCCACCACCCUUCCAUGGAGGCCUUGCUGGAGCCCACAUGCAAUAAUUAACUCCUGGGUGGCCUUCGCCCUAUCCUAAGCACCUCUCCUGGGCCACAUUCCCACUGCCCGUCUCCUAGGCCACUAAGCCCCUUCUGUCCCCUAGAGUGAGGCAAGGGGGACUGCAGAGCAGAGCAGAAGCCUGAGCCAGACCGAGAGCCUCCUCUUCUCCCAGGGACAAGCAUGGCCUGGAAGACAACGUGGCUACUGUUCCUUGUGGUAGGGGCGGCUGCCGUAUGGACAGCCCGGCCCAGGACUGAGCUUCUCAAUGUCUGCAUGAAUGCCAAGCACCAUAAGGAAAAGCCAGGUCCCGAGGACAAGCUACAUGAGCAGUGCAGUCCCUGGAAGAAGAAGGCCUGCUGCUCCGUCAACACCAGCCGAGAAGCCCAUAAGGAUAUUUCCUACCUGUACAGAUUCAACUGGGAUCACUGUGGCAAGAUGGAGCCCGCCUGCAAGCGCCACUUUAUUCAGGACACCUGCCUCUACGAGUGCUCACCUAACCUGGGGCCCUGGAUCCAGGAGGUGAACCAGAGCUGGCGCAAAGAGCGGGUCCUGAACGUGCCCCUCUGCAAAGAGGACUGUCAGAUCUGGUGGGAAGACUGCCGCACCUCCUACACCUGCAAGACCAACUGGCACAAGGGCUGGAACUGGACCUCAGGGUAUAACCAGUGCCCAGUGAGAACUGCCUGCCACCGCUUUGACUUCUACUUCCCCACGCCUGCUGCUCUGUGCAAUGAAAUCUGGAGUCACUCCUACAAAGUCAGCAACUAUGGCCGGGGCAGCGGCCGCUGCAUCCAGAUGUGGUUCGACCCGGCCCAGGGCAACCCCAACGAGGAGGUGGCGAGGUUCUAUGCUGAGACCAUGAGUGGGGCUGGGCUCCGUGAGGUCUGGCCUCUGCGUUUCGGCCUGGUCCUAAUGUUGCUCUGGCUGCUCAACUGAGCUCCUUUUAUUUUCUGAUACCUGGACAUCCCUGCCCUGUUAAGACCCACAGCUCCCAAUUAGUCAGUUUCUGUUCCUUGGUGGGAACUCUGACUGUUUGAAUAA